GGACUUCCGGCAGCCCCUUAUUUUUUUUCCGGUUGCUGGCUCUUACAGACCCCUCCCGGACUGGGCCUUUGGCCCCUAUUUCCCCGCGGCCCUCUGCCGCUGGGCCUUCCGCCACCAUGAAGAAAUUCUUCCAGGAGAUCAAGGCUGAUAUCAAGUUUAAGAGUGCAGGUCCCGGACAGAAGCUUACGGAGUCGGUGAGGGAGAAGGGCCCCAAAGAAAAGCCCAACCAGCCAGUGCUCCGGCAGCCCCGCCAGGGACCUACAGAUGAGGCGCAGAUGGCAGCCGCAGCGGCCCUGGCCCGGCUGGAGCAGAAGCAGCCCAGGGCCCGGGGCCCCACAUCGUCACAGGACUCCACCCGGAACCAGGUGAGAAAGGAACUUCAAGUCGAGGCGACUGUCAGUGGGAACUCGAAGGCCCCAGGGACUAACAUGGUGCCUGAGCCCAGAGAGGAAGGCUCAACCCCCCUGGCAGUGCCUGGAGUGUACUUCACCUGCCCCCUCACAGGGGCCACCCUGAGGAAGGACCAGCGGGACAGCCGGAUCAAAGAAGCCAUUCUCUCACACUUCUCCGUGGACCCGGUGGCUGCCUCCAUCAUGAAGAUCCACACGUUCAACAAAGACCGGGACAAGGUGAAGCUGGGCGUGGACACCAUCGCCAAGUACCUGGACAAUAUCCACCUGCACCCUGAGGAGGAGAAGUACCGGAAGAUCAAACUGCAGAACAAGGUGUUCCAGGAGCGCAUUAACUGCCUGGAAGGGACCCACGAGUUUUUUGAGGCCAUUGGCUUCCAGAAGGCAUUGUUGCCAGUUCCAGAUCAGGAGGGCCCUGAAGAGUUCUACGUGCUGAGUGAGGCCGCCCUGGCCCAGCCCCAGAGCCUGGAGACGCACAAGGAGCAGCUGCUGUGUGCGGAGCCUGUGCGGGCCACGUUGGCCCGCCAGCGACGUGUCUUCCGGCCCUCACCCCUGGCCUCUCAGUUUGACCUGCCUUCUGAUUUUUUCAAUCUCACGGCUGAGGAGGUCAAGCGGGAACAGAGGCUCAAGUCUGAGGCGGUGGAGCGGCUGAGCAUGCUGCGGACCAAGGCCAUGAGGGAGAAGGAGGAGCAGAGGGAGAUGCGCAAGUACACUUACACACUGCUGCGAGUUCGCCUCCCUGACGGCUGCCUCCUCCAGGGGACCUUCUACGCCCGGGAGCGGGUGGCAGCACUCUAUAGCUUUGUUCGGGAGGCCUUGCAGAGCGACUGGUUGCCCUUUGAGCUGCUGGCCUUGGGUGGGCAGAAGUUGUCAGAGGAUGAGAACUUGCCCUUCAAUGAGUGCGGGCUGGUGCCCUCGGCCCUCCUGACCUUCUCGUGGGACUCGGCAGUGCUAGAGGACAUCAAGGCUGCGGGGGCUGAGCCAGACUCAUCUAUCCUGAAACCCGAGCUCCUGAUGGUCAUCGAGAAGCUCCCGUGAAAUAAAAGCAGGGUUGGCUUCAGCCCCCAUGGGUCUGUGUCAUGCUCUCCUGCUUCCUCCACCACUGCUCAUGUCCCUGCUCCCCCUCCACUCAGGGCCUCCCAGCCUCUUCUGGGACUGUCUGCCCAGCCCACAGGCAGGGGAGGCCACUGGUUGGCCUGUGAUUGCCACUCAGAGGGCUUUCAGGAGACAGCUGCUGUGCUGUCCUUGGUAGUGCUGGCUCUAAGCCUUAUCCAGCUGCUAAUAACAUGAUUAAUGGAACCCUAGGCAUGACAGAUGUGAACGCCUCCCUGGGCAUGAGAGUGGGCCUGCAGCACGGGCCCAGGCCCCACGGCUGGCCCUGAGGCUGCCCUGUGGGACUGUUGGUGACAGUGGCAUAGGGUGGAGAUGCUGGGCCUGUCAAGCCAGAAUUCUGUAACUCUAAAUUCUGAACUGAAAUAAAUAGGCUCUUUGACUAGA